GCGGGCUCAGCCUGUCCUCCUCCCCCCUGCGCCGGCCUAUGGCUGCCCUGCACGGGGGCGCGCGCGCUCUCUCCUUCGCCUUCCCCCGCCCUCCCGUCCGGCGCGCGCUCCCGUUGGCCCUUCCCCGGGCGCUGCCGGUGACGGGCGGUUGGAGAGACCUGCCCAACGCCCCCCCUCCGCCGAUGGCGGCCCCGGUCCUGGGCGCCUUGCUGGUGGUCCUGCUGGUCCUGCUGGGCGGCCUCUGCCUGGGAAGGUGGCUCCUCUACGUCUUGGUCACCAACUGGUGCCGCCGCCGGCUCCAGGCGGAGCUGAAAGUUGGCUCUUUUGGGUUUUUUUGGAUUCAGAACCUCAGCCUGAAGUUCCAGGAGGAGCAACAGACAGUGGAAAUCGACAGCAUCUGGAUCUCUAGCAAGUUGCUGAACCAUGAUGUCCCGCGCUACCUGGCGCUGUGCUUCAGAGAAGUUCGCAUCCGCGUGGACCUCCAGAAGACCCCCGGCCUGCAGCCGCCGGCCCCCGCGGUCCCUGCAGAGGGGGGCACUGAGCAGGGCAAGGCGCUGUCGCUCGGGCCCUCCCUGCUGCGGCUGCUUAGCCAGCUGUGCUCGGUCCACGUGGACUCGGUCAACAUCAUGGUCCUUCACGUGGCGGCGUCUGAGUCACUCUGGCACGUCCAGGUCACGAGGGCCCGGAUCCUGCUGGAUGGCGAUGGGAGACGCAUGGUGUGCGAGGUGACCUUCAGCCAAGUGAACAGCAAGGUCCUGAAGAGCAGCCAGCAGGAUGAUGCAUGCCUGGCUGAGCUGUCUCUGGCACUCACCAUCUCCCUGGACAUCAGCACAAGCAAGCAGCGGCUGCAGAGUGUGGAGGUGGGGGUCUGGAGCCUGCACGCCGAGCUGCACGAGGGGCUGUUCCACAGCGAGCUUCUGCAGCGUGUUGGGGGCACCAGCGGAGACACAGCAGAUCCCGCAAAGGCUCUGGAGCUGCGGCCGUCUGUGCUGAGCCUGGCUAGCCUGAAAUACGUGCCCUGCAGGGUGAAGGUGGGGCUGGAGAACACCAGCCUGGUUCUGUCGAUGAACAGCCAGAAAAGGCACCUCACCUGGACCUUGAAGCUGCUGCAGUUUGCCUACCAGUGUGGUGGGGAGCAGAUCCCGCUCCGCAGUUUCACCCCCACCUGCGACCUGCCCCAGAUGAGCGUCGAACUCGCCUUGGAAGACGGGCUCCUGCUUUCCCAGAGCCGCCAGCGGAUCGUCUGCCUCAACCUGCUGAAAGCCAGCUUGCAGGUCAUGGCCAUAGACAUCUCGGUCGCAGUGAUGCUCAAUACCUGCAUCGUCCACUAUCGCCACCAGGAGUUCUCGCACUGGCUGAGCAUGCUGGCCUUGGCGCAGCACGAGGCGGGGCUGCCGGCUCCGGCCAGGAACAGCAGCAGGAGGAUGCCGCAGAUCUUGGCCACCAUCAUCCUCAGUGCCUCGGUUUCCAACGUCAGCAUCUCCGUCCAGCUGGGAGACACCCCGCCGUUUGCCUUGGGCUUGAACUCUGUCUCCGUAGACUACCAGCACCUGCGCCCCCAGAGCGUCCACCAGCGAGCUGUGCUAGCCAUUGACCACCUCUGCUGGCGUGUGGGUGCCGACUCGCACAUCCAGCGGGCCCCACACCCGCCCAACAUGCACGUUUGGGGAGAGGCCCUCAUUCUUGACUCCUUCAGUCUGCAAGGCAGCUACAACCAGCCCCUGGGCACCUCCGGCACCCACGCCGACACCCUCUUCCUGGACUGCACCCUCCGCGGCCUCCAGGUGGAGUCUUCGGAGACCUGCUCCGAGUGCCUCUCCAGGGUCCUCUCGCUCUUGUGCCCCUGGAGCCACGUGGAGGCCAAGGAAUGCCUGAAGGAGGAGGGGGAGGAGCUGGGCGUCCUCUGGAAGGUGGACCUGAAGGUGGAAGACGUCAAUCUCUUCACCUUGUCCAGCCUGGCAGGGGCCACGGAAGUGAGGGUGGACACUCUGACCACGCUGGGCAGCGCCGAGAGUUGCACCGUCAGCGUGCAGGGGGUGGCGCUGGCCUUGGUGAAGAGCAUCACAGAGAAGAUGCAGCCGUGCUGCAAAGCCCCGUCCAUCCCCAGCCCCGUGGCUGACCUCUCCACACUUUCCCUCACGUAUCGCAGCAGCAUCCGAUCUUUGGAGGUCCAGUGCGGAGAGAGCCUGAGUGUGCUCUGGAGCCCUGCAAACCACAUGUACCUGUUCCAGCACCUCCUGUCCACCUUGCAGUGUUGUGAGAUGCUGCAGGGCCUGCUGUCUCCGCCGAGAGCCGCCCUGCCCCUCGAGGGCCGCAAGAGCCAGCCCCUUGCGGAGGGCUCCCCGGUCACGCCCGCGCCCUGCCCCCCAAGGAGGCUGUUGAGCCUGACAGUGGAGCUGAGUUCCAUCAAGGUGACAGCCUUCGUCUCGGAGACCCGUUACCUGAGCCUGGCGGCUGAGCGGGUCAUGAUCAGCCGGCACGGCACCUCCAUCCACGCCUACUGCCCGGGGCUGGUGGCCGGCUUUGACGGCAACAGCAUCUUUGUCUUCAAGGAGAUCGAGCUGCAGGCCUUGCCUGAGCUGGAGGAGAUGAUCCUCCACCGCGGGCCCUUCCCCUCGCUGAGCACCCUUCGCAACCGCGUCUGGGCCCUUUCCUGUGCCAGUGUGGCGGUGGAGUUCCCCUGCCAGUAUGACUUCUCAGCCACCUUGGACGAGGCGCUGGGCGUGCAGAAGUGGCUCAAGGGUCUGCACGGAGGAGGCUCCGGGGCCGGCUCAGCGCUCCCGCCGGACUUGCUGCUGAAAGUGCAGCACUUCUCCUGGGUCUUCGUGGACGACAUCUUCGAGGUGAAGCUGCGGGACAACUAUGAGCUGAUGAAGGAUGAGAGCAAGGAGAGUGCCAAGCGGCUGCGCCUGCUGGACGCCAAGGUGGCCGCCCUACGCAAGCAGCAUGGGGAGCUGCUUCCCGCCCGCAAGAUCGAGGAGCUCUACGCCUCCCUGGAGAAGAAGAACAUCGAGAUCUACAUCCAGCGCUCGCACCGCCUCUAUGCCAACACGCCCAUGCGCAAGGCCCUGAUCACCUGGACCAUGUCUGGGCUUGAGCUGGUGGCCCUGGCCGACAAGUCCUUCCAUGGGCCCGAGCGGGUCCUCCAGCAGAUCCGGGAGCUGGACGCCACCAGCCCCUUCCCCUCUGAGGGCCUGGAGCUCAUCACCUACUGGUGCCGCAUGGUCAAAGGGAGCGUCAAGGCCUUCUUUGUGCGGAUCCGGGACUACCCCCGGUACUUGUUUGAGAUCCGGGACUGGAGGCUGUCGGGCCAGCUGGCCGGAGCUGAGCAACGGGGUCAGACUUGCUCUCGCCGGCGGCAAGUGCUGAAGCUGGGGGCGCCGUGGGGAGAUGUGUCCGUGGAGCGGAAUAUGCCGCCUUUGAAGUUCUACCACAACUUCCACUCGGAUGUUUUCCAGUACACCAUUGUGUGGGGGCCCUGUUGGGACCCCGCCUGGACUCUGAUCGGGCAAGCCCUCGACCUCCUCACCAAGCCCUCGGAGGACCCCAGCGCCCCGCUGCCCUGGUGGGACAAGAGCCGCUUGCUCCUCCACGGGGACUGGCACAUGGACAUCGAGCAGGCCAAUCUCCACCAGGUGGCCACAGAGGACCCUUACAACACCACGGAGAACAUGCACUGGGAGUGGAGCCACCUCUCCUUCCACUGGCAGCCUGGGCAGUUUGUCUUCAAAGGAGACCUGGAUGUCAAUGUCCGCACCGCUUCCAAAUACGACGACUGCUGCUUCCUCCACUUGCCCAAGCUGUGCAUGACGCUGGACUUCACGUGGCUGUGCCACGGCAACCCCCACGACCACCACGGCGUGGUGCUGCGCUCGCCCGACUUCCUGCCCGAGGUGCCCAUGGGCCAAGACUACGACUCCUACCGGGCCUUCCGCUCUGAGAACCUCAACCUUUGCAUCUGCAUGGACUUGACGCGGCCCUGCGGGGAGCCCUCCCAGCCUCGCAUCUUGCUGUAUAGCAGCACUCUGCGCUGGAUGCAGAACUUCUGGGCCACCUGGACCAGCGUCACCCGCCCCAUCUGUCGGGGGAAGCUCUUUGGGAACCUGAAGCCCGCCAAGAAGAAGCUGGGACAACACUACCGGCAACUCUCCUUCACCGCCCUCUUCCCAAAGCUCCAGGUGCAUUACUGGGCCUCGUUUGCGCAGCAGCGCGGGAUCCAGCUGGAAUGCGGCCAAGGGCACAUCUUCACGCGUGGCACCCAGAGGCUCAUCCCUCAAGCCGGCACAGUGAUGCGUCGCCUCAUCUCGGAGUGGAGCGUCACGCAGAUGAUGAGCGACUUGAGUCUGGUGACGGUGCACCUCAUGGCGUCCACCUGCGAUGAGAACGCGGACCACCGCCUCGACUCCCAGGUCAAGAAGACCCACCUGCUGAGCCUCUCCUCCCUGGCCUACCAGCGCCACAGCGUCCGCACAGCUGAGGAGGAGCUGCCUUUGCGCGACGGAGACGACGUCUUCCACACGCACCAGCUGCACCUGGUGGACCUGCGGGCUUCCUGGACCACCACCAACCGAGACAUCGCCUUCGGCCUCUACGAUGGCUACAAGAAAGCCGCGGUGCUCAAGCGCAACCUCUCCACGGAGGCGCUGAAAGGUCUCAGGAUCGACACCCAGAUGCCUGCCAAGAAGCCAAAGAGGGGGCCUCCCCCCAGCUACCAACCUCCGCUGCAGGUCAUCGCCCCGCCCAGCAACGGCCGGACCGAGCGCAGCCCCUCUGGAGGUGCCUACAUGCUGAAAAAGCUGAUCGAGGAGACAGACAGGUUUGUGGUGUUCACGGAGGAGGACUCGGGGAUGAGCGAGCAACUCUGUGGGAUCGCCGCUUGCCAGACGGACGACAUCUUCAACCGCAACUGCCUUAUUGAGCUGGUCAACUGCCAGAUGGUUCUCCGUGGGGCUGAGACGGAGGGCUGUGUGAUCGUCUCAGCUGCCAAGGCGCAGCUUCUCCAAUGCCAGCACCACCCGGCCUGGUAUGGGGACACGCUCAAGCAGAAGACGUCCUGGACGUGCCUGCUGGACGGGAUGCAGUACUUCGCCACCACCGAGAGCAGCCCCUCGGAGCACGAGGACGCGCAGCUCUGGCUGGAGGUCAAGAACAUUGAGGAGCAUCGGCAACGGAGCCUCGACUCCGUGGAGGAGCUGAUGGAGAGUGGGCAAGCGGUGGGCGGCAUGGUCAGCACCACCACAGACUGGAACCAGCCUCACGAGGUGCAGCCGACGCAGCAGGUCCAGCGGAUCAUCUCGCGCUGCAGCUGCCGCAUGUACUAUAUCAGCUACAGCCACGACAUCAACCCCGAGCUGGCCACCGAGAUCAAGCCCCCCGAGCUGCCUGCAAACCCGGAGAAGGAUGACCUCCUCAAGAAGCAGGAAGGGGCCGUGGACACCUUCACUCUCAUUCACCACGACCUGGAAAUCUCCACCAACCCGGCGCAAUACGCCAUGAUCCUCGACAUUGUGAACAACCUCCUGCUCCACGUGGAGCCCAAGCGCAAGGAGCACAGCGAGAAAAAGCAGCGCGUCCGUUUCCAGCUGGAGAUCUCCAGCAACCCCGAAGAGCAUCGCAGCAGCAUCCUCCACCUCCAGGAGGCUGUCCGGCAGCACGUGGCCCAGAUCCGGCUCCUGGAGAAGCAGAUGUACUCGGUCAUGAAGUCCCUGCAGGACGACGGCCGGAACGAGUCUCUCCUGGACCACAACCAGAAGCUGCAAGAACAGCUGAGCAGGGAGAAGGCUGAGCUGCAACAAGAAAGUGAAGAGCUGAAUAUUCUCAUCAGGUGCUUUAAAGACUUCCAGCUCCAGCGCGCCAACAAGAUGGAGCUCCGGAAGCAGCUUGAGGACGUGGGGGUGGCUCGCCGCACCGAGUUCUACUUUGCCCAGGCCCGGUGGCGGCUGACGGAGGAGGAUGGGCAGCUGGGCAUCGCGGAGCUGGAACUCCAGCGCUUCCUCUACAGCAAGGUGAACAAGUCGGACGAUACGGCCGAGCACCUCCUGGAACUGGGCUGGGUCACCAUGAACAACCUCUUGCCCAACGCCGUGUACAAGGUAGUCCUCCGUCCUCAGAGUGCCUGCCAGUCUGGGCGCCAGCUGGCCCUGCGCAUUUUCAGCAAAGUGCGGCCGCCGGUGGGGGGCAUUUCCAUCAAAGAGCACUUUGAGGUGAAUGUGGUGCCCCUCACCAUCCAGCUGACGCACCAGUUCUUCCACCGCAUGAUGGGCUUCUUCUUCCCGGGGCGAAAUGUGGAGGAAGAGGAGGUUGGGGACGAGGAAGAUAAGUCCAAGCUGGUGACGACAGGCAUGCCGGUGGUGAAACCGCGCCAGCUGAUGGUCUCUGAAGAUUCCCUGGGGCCAGGGAAAGGCAUGGCCCAGGGGCUGAACCGGACGUCGGGGGUCAGACGCUCGUUCCGCAAGACGCCUGAGUACCCGGUGGACGACAUUGACAAGAUGAAGGAGAGGGCGGCGAUGAACAAUUCCUUCAUCUACAUCAAGAUCCCACAAGUGCCGCUCUGUGUCAGCUACAAGGGGGAGAAGAACAGCGUGGACUGGGGGGACCUCAACUUGGUGCUUCCGUGUCUGGAAUACCACAACAACACGUGGACGUGGUUGGACUUUGCCAUGGCGGUGAAACGGGAUAGUCGCAAAGCCCUGGUGGCCCAGGUCAUCAAGGAGAAGCUCCGGCUCAAGCCAGCCGCGGGCACCGAGUCCCGGAGCAAGCAGGAGGGCAAACUGGAAGGCCACGUGCAGCAGCAGGAGGAAGAUGAGAAGGCCCGGCUCCUGAUCGGCCUGAGUGUCGGCGAAAAGAACCCCGGCAAGAAAUCCAUUUUUGGCAGGCGCAAAUGAGACCACCGCACCCCCCGCUGGCCGGGGAAGGGGAGGAGAGGGCGGACUUGUCCGGCAACCCGCUGUGCCACUGCCACCACCAGGAGGGACCAAAAUGCUCGGGGACGAAGGCGCUCAGCCCGGCCACGCUGGAGACCGCGGCGAAGCACAAGCCUCCCCCGUCCCAGGAAGCCUUGCAACUGAGCACCGUUCCACGGGCGCCGGAGGAGGCUGUCGCCGCAGGCAGCAGGACAACAACCGGGCCUGCCCUUGUUGCCGUUGGCAUGGUUGCCGGGGGGCUCCUCUCGGCAUGCCUGGCUGCUCUAUGCAUUGUUUGUUGGGAAACGGGAGGGGAAAGAGUUUAAAUAAAAGAGUUUAUCAUUUGGAA